AUGGAAUCCCGGCUCUGGAAAAUAACCAAAGCCCAAAGCCAUUUUCACGCGAAAGACCUUCGGGACAAUAGUAAUCAAGAAAUUGAUGACAAGUCUGAACAUAACUGUGAUCAGGUAAAUGGGCACACAAAAGCGAAGGACAAAGAAGACAUUCUUCAUCAUGAAUCUAAAAAUGUUGUUAUUGAUGAUCAAGAUAAGCACCCUUCGCAGGAUGAAAAAUGGUGGGAGGGGGAAUCCCAGUUCUUGUUAAACUCUCAGCAACCGGCAGAAUGCAUGUCAAUUUGUGAUGAGUUCCUUCAGAGUCAGAAUUCAUGUGGCAGUGAAGAUGAGCCCCAAAAGAGCAGGCCUCGCCUUGCUGAAUAUGUCCAUUUGCCUGCAGAAGACUUGAAAAAGGAUCUUGAAGAAUGCCAGAAGCUGGACAAUGUAGAUAACACAAACCUAGAGCUUGAAUGCACUCCCGAGUUUCGACUUAGCCAAUUGGUAAAUUUAGCUGUCAUCCAUCAUAGAGGAUUGCUUUAA